AAUAGAGAGAGAAAGAGAGGGAAAGCUAGAGAGAGAGAGAGAGAGCUGAGCUGAACCAUGGGAGUGGCUUCGUACAUCACUGACCAUGCCAAGAAGAUUUGGGAUGUAUGGAACCUGAGGGGAGCCAUACUCCUGAGUCUCUCGCUUCAGGCCUUCCUGAUCUUGUUUGCGACCUUCAGGAAACGAGCCUCCAAGCCUGCGGUCAUCAUGCUAAUCUGGAUCACCUACUUGCUUGCCGAUUGGGCUGCUAGUUUUGCAGUUGGUCUCAUCUCCAAAAGUCAAUUUGACCGUCCGGGGCCCGAUAACAACGGCGACCUUCUCGCGUUCUGGGCCCCGUUUCUUCUACUCCACCUCGGCGGUCCAGACACCAUUACCUCCUUUUCUCUUGAGGACAAUGAGCUGUGGCUCAGGCACCUCCUCGGGCUCGUAUUCCAGGCGAUUGCCGUAGCUUAUGUCUUCUAUCAGUCGCUGCCUAACAAGUUGUGGAUGCCGACUGCCCUGGUCUUCCUUUCCGGAAUCAUCAAGUAUGGCGAGAGGACUCGGGCAUUGUACCUUGCGAGCAUAAACAGAUUCAGAGAUUCGAUGCACACGAAGCCGGACCCCGGACCGAACUACGCCAAGCUCAUGGAGGAGUACUCCUCCAAGAUAGAGGCCCAUCUUCCAGCCAGAAUUGACAUGAUCCCGGAACCUAACAAAGAAUCCAGGAUCCCGAACACCACAAAUAGCACUGCUAUGGAUGAUAUCGAGGUGGUUCAGGAGGCUCGCCGCUUCUUCGAAAUCUUUAAGGGACUUUUUGUAGACAUUAUCUUCAGCUUCCGUGAGAGAAACGAAAGCCGGGACUUCUUCCAUAGGACAAAGCCAGUGGCUACUCUCAGAUUGCUGGAGGUAGAACUCAACUUCUUUUACGAUAUCCUCUACACAAAGGUUGUGGUAGUGCGGGAUAAGUUCGGAUACUUUUGGCGCUUCGUUUGUUUUGGUUCGGUGGAGAUCGCUCUGGCGCUCUUCUUUUUCAUGGACAAAGAUGGCUUCGGGAGAUUCAAUGUUAAGGUUACCUAUAUCCUGCUCCUUGGUGCUUUAGCCUUGGAUGUCGUUGCUCUCCUCCAGCUCAUCUUCUCCGACUGGACAGUUUCAGCAUUGAAGAACCCCAAGAAACACUGGGUUUUAGCCGCAAUCAUCGGAAGUUACCUUUCUCUCAAGAAGUCGCCCUGGUCAGACGAGGAAGAGGAGCCAGAGAUCAGAUUCUUGGCCUGGAUUAAGAGGCACCUGUUUCGCAGGUGGUCACGGUCUAUCUCGAGAUACAACUUGAUUGAUUAUUCUAUCCGGGAACGCCCUCAGAAAAUUCAGACCAUUUGUGAUCGUGUUGGACACUCAUUCAGCAAGAUCAUUGUUCUGAUGGGCCUAAAGGAUUUUGUAGACCACAUGAGGUACUCAUCGAGGACAUCUUUUACUAAAGAACUAUGGUUAUUUAUCCAUCAGGAGCUGCAAGACAAAUCAAGGCUCGCUAACGACCUGGGAUCUGCAAAGAGGAUAUAUUCAGCCAGAGGUGAGUGGGCGCUUCACAAUCCUCAUUGGAAUGAGCUGUUGCCAUUCGUUACUGAAGUUGAGUAUGACGAGAGCAUUAUAUUGUGGCAUGUGGCCACAGAUCUCCUGUAUUCCACUGCCACUGAAACUGAACAGAGCAACGAUUGUCACGUAGGAUUUUGUAAGGAUCUCUCAGAUUAUAUGCUCUAUCUUCUCGUUGUGCAACCUAAGAUGAUGUCUUCCAUUGUGGGUAUUGGACGGAUAAGAUUCCAAGACACUUGUGCCGAGGCCAAGAAAUUUUUAUCCAGGAAGGAACUGUCACCCCACGAAGAGCAUAAACAAGCCUCUGAUUACAUUCUCAAGGUGAAAACGACUGUGAGACCUGUCGAUGUAAAGGGAGACAGAAGCAAGUCGGUGCUGUUCGAUGCGAGUUGGUUGGCCAAAGAGUUGAGGAGAUACGAGGAUCAGAAAUGGAAGAUCAUGAGUAAAGUAUGGGUGGAGUUGCUGUCAUAUGCCGCGAGUCAUUGCACCGCAACUGCUCAUGCUCAUCAACUGAGCAAAGGCGGGGAGCUCGCCACUUUCGUGUGGCUAUUAAUGGCUCAUUUUGGUCUAGGGGAGCAAUUUCAGAUCAGUGAGGGUCAUGCAAGAGCAAAGUUGAUUGUGAAGCACUAGCUUUAUGGAGUCUCAUGUUCCUGGAAUCCUAGCAAUAGAAGAAAUUAAUCAUUUGUUGGUUCAUCUUGUGGGCUUAUCUUGUGGCAUGUAAUCCUAUGACUGAAUGUAGAAGUUUCUCCUUUGGCCAAAA